CACGGCAUGCUCGGCCACGGCCUUGUACACGUUCUCUCCCUCACCCCCUUGUACCUCUGCAUGUAUAAAUACCCCUGUGAUAUGUGAAUACAAGUGUGCGAUGAGUUCAGUCAUUCAACUUGGUACCUGAGCAGUUCCGAUCCCAACCCCACGCUUCCGCCAUGAAUCGCCUGCUCCGCCGCUCCCGCUCCGCUGACCUCGACGCGGCGGCCAACCUCCCUCCUUUAGUUCCUCUUGCUGCCGUCCCACCCGCCCAUGCAGCUCCCGGCGCGGGCCUCCAUCCUCGGGCUCCGGCGCCCGCCCCGGUGCGCCACGGCAAUGUCGCACCCGCCGCGCCUGCGGCCGUUCGGGCGGCCCCUCCUGCGGCACCCCUUCACCACGGCGUCGGCCGUGAGCUCAUCCCCUGCCUCGACAACACGGGUGCACCGGCGCCGGCGCCAGCCGACGGUCUCCCUCCCACCAUCACGCACUUCCUGCGGUUCAAGCUCGACCUCGCCGUGGGUAACUACUCCAAAUGGCGCCACCUCUUCUAUUGUAUUCUCUGCAAGUACAAUGCGCAGCAGCAUGUAGAUGAAGACCGGGACCCCGCCCACGAGGAUGCAGUGUGGCGAAACGACGAUAUAACCAUCGUCUUGUGGAUGUCCUCCACGAUUUCUGAUGAGUUGUACGACGUCGUGGUGUCCCCUCCGAACAUUCCCACGGCGCACCAAAUCUGGCACACCCUCCAGCUGUUCUUCCUCGACAACCAGGCCGGUCGAGCGAUCCAUCUCUCGGCUGAGUUCCGCAGCACGGUGCAGGGGGACCUGACUGUGGCCGAGUACGCCCGCCGUCUACAGACGCUGGCGGCCGCGCUCGCCGACGUCGAGGAGCCCGUCACCGACCGCACCUUGACGCUCCAGUUCAUCCACGGCCUCAGUCGUCGGUUCCACGUGCUCGCAACGGUCUUGCCGUUGCAGGUGCCGUUCCCCAACUUCGCGCAGGCCCGGUCGCGCCUCCUUCUUGAGGAAAUCACACAGAACGAGCGCGCUCGGGCUGACGGGCGCUCGGACGGCGCCACCGCGCUCUCCAUCGGCAACACCUCUGGAGGCUCCUCCGGGGGCGCUCGCGGCGACCGCAACGUCUCCGGCAACCAGGCGGACAAGGGGAAGGCCCCCGCUGAGCCCUCCUCCGGCGGCGAUCGUGGUCGUGGCCGCGGGCGCGGGCGUGGUCGUGGCCGCGGGCACCCCGGCGCUAGCAGCAGCUCCACGGCUCCGGCAGGGCGCGGCUCUCCUCAGCAGCCGCUGGGCGCCCAUCCAUGGAUGGGGUACUUCGCCCCAUACGGGAGCCCCUUCCCACCUCCGCAGCAGCCGCGCGCGCCCUGGACCGCGCCCAACUCCGCCGGUGUCCUAGGGCCACGUCCUGGCCAGCACCAUCAGGUCUACAACGCCGGCGCGUCGAGCUCCUCCAACCCCGCCCCCUGGGACAACUACGCCGCCCUCCAUGCUGCCCUCAACAACAUCGCGCACCAGCAGCAGCACGGCUCCGGCGAGUGGUUCCUCGACACUGGAGCAACUUCCCACGUCACCGGUGAGACGGGACCUCAAAACCCGGCGCAUCCUAAUGACGUCCAGUAGCCAUGGAGACUUAUAUCCGUUCUUCAGCUCCAGUGCAGUCCAGCAGAUCCUCUCCGUCGAUGGCAGCUUGUGGCAUCAACGCCUUGGACAUCUUAGCAGUAGUUCCCUUUCAGUCUUAGCUAAAACUUUUCUUCA